AUGGUUCAGAAUUCAACCAAUAAUACGAAUGGUAGUAAUACCAAUCCAGAAGAAAAGAGAAGCGCCAAGGUGGACUCAAAGCAGCCACCAUCGUCGACACGUGUCGUCGAAACGAAAAAGUUCGACAAGACCUUUGUUGAGGCACCUUUACCAAAGCACAAUCCAUGGAAUAAAGGUAAAGUUGGAAAUAAACAUGCUACAGCUACACCAGUUGAUCUUGAGCUAAAAAUGAAAGAAGAGCAAAAAGUUUUGAAGGCUUCCCCUGAAGGAAAGAAAAUAGAUUUGGCCAAGUCAAAACCUGAGCAAAAACCAGAUUCAGAAUCUUCAAAUGGUUUUCAAGAUGAAAAUUGGCCUGCUCUAAGUGAAGUAACUGAUUUACAAGUUACAAAGAAAUCAAGUCGUAACUCAAAUCCAAAUCAAUCGCCUGUACCAACAGCUAAUGGACAAAAUGAUUCUGGUGGUGAUGAUAGUGCCAAAGAAAAUAAAGAAAAUGGUGCUGCUAGUGAUGAACUUGGUAAAGGAGCCAAAAGAAAAGGAUGCCGCCAAAAAUGGGUUCCACUUGAAAUUGAGCACCCAAAAGUUCGAGGAAAUCGUCGUAGUCGGAGUCAAGGCCGUAGGGGUGGUUCUUCAGCAUCAGCUGUACCUCGAAGACCUGCCGUGGAUAAAGUAAAGAAAACAGAGCUUAGUACCAAAGGAUCAGAAUCUAAUAACUGGCGUGAUGGUAUGGCACCUCCUAGCCCUAAGGAGAGUCAAAGAGCCUUCCGUGGCGGCCGUAGAGGCCGUGGCCGGGGUCGUGGUGCUGGAGGUAGUGGACGAGGACGUGGACGAGGUUUCUCUGAUGACUCUUUUACUGCUUUUGAGCAAUCUCAGUGUAUAAAUGGAACAGUCUAUUUCCCUUACCAAGCAUAUGAUGCUCCUCAGUUGAAAGAGUUUGUGAAAACUCAAAUAGAAUAUUAUUUUUCUGUGGAUAAUCUCACUAGAGAUUUCUUUUUACGCCGAAAUAUGGAUGAAAAUGGAUGGAUUACUAUCACUCUAAUUGCUUCAUUUAGACGAUUAUCAAAUGUUGAGGUACCAUUUAUUGUGGAGGCCUUGCAGGACAGUGAAAAAGUUGAAUUAUCUGAGGAUUCAGCUUUUGUGAGGCCAAAAGAAAAUCCUACCAUGUGGCCUGUAUCAGUACUCUUGGCAUCAACUAAAAGCAAUUUACAUCCAGAUGUACCAGAGUUUGUACCUGGUCAAGCUUAUUCAUUACCUGAGAGAAAAAAUGAAGAGACAUGCAUUGUAUCUGAAAAGGAAGAAAAAGAAAAUGAAGCUGGGAUUGAUGUCAAUAAAUUUUCAACACCAAUGAAGUCAUCAAGUGAAGACACACACUCCAACUUGUUGAGCAUUCCCCCUUCAGUUUCUUUUAGUGCUCCAGAUCUACAAUCAGAGUGGGUUGAAGUCCGGAGUAGGAAAAAAUAUACACCAAAAGAUAAAAAAGAUAAGGACAGCCGUACUGACAAGAUGGAUGAACCAGAAGAAUUGAAUUUCAUGUUAGAUGAAGAGUUAGAAGACUUGGAGGUUGGACGUCGGAAUUGUUUCAGUGAAUGGUCAGACGAUGAUGAAUUAGCAGAUGAAAUUGAUGAGUCUGACAUCAACAAAAUCUUGAUAGUCACACAGACACCGCCUGCUCUGCGCAAGCAUCCUGGAGGUGAUCGCACCAACGAGACAACUUCACGUGUAAAAGUUAACACUGAAUGCUAUCAUAUCAUCAAUGAUGGGCUGCGUUACUAUGAGCAGUUAUGUUGGGAUAAUAAUUUACUGAACGAUUUCAAGGAAUACAAAACUCUGAACUUGAUUAGCAAAGAGGAAUUUGAUAGCCUUGUACCAUGCAAGCCAAGUCAUUUCAUUCAGGAAAUACCACCACCACCACCACCACCAUCAAAUGAAAUACGUACUCCUUCACCACCCCUCUUUCAACCACAGACAGAAUUAUCACGAUCUUUGCCAACAUAUGUACCUGACACACCAGGACGUAGAGAAUGUCCUCGCACACCAAAAUGUGUCCUGAAUGAUAAACCACGAUUUUAUCCUGUUGUUAAAGAUUCCAGUCGGCCUCCAGAUCCUCAGACUCCUCGAAAACAAAAGACCAAGUAUAGCAGUAACCCUCCAAUUGAGAGCCAUGUUGGCUGGGUAAUGGAUUCCAGAGAACAUAAACCAAGAUCCCGGCACAGCUCCAGUUCAUAUUCACAAAGUCCCAGUGAUAAUAUGCUAUCCACAAGUUAUGGCAGUGCACCGCAAACAUUCCCUCACUUUCAACAUCCCUCGUAUGAACUGCUGAAAGAAAAUAAUUUUGUCUGGAUUGUCUAUCACAAGUAUCAUGCAAAGUGUCUUAAGGAACGUAAAAAGCAAGGCAUUGGGAUGUCUCAAGAGAUGAACACUCUCUUUAGAUUUUGGUCAUUCUUCCUUAGAGAACACUAUAACAAGAAGAUGUAUGAUGAAUUCAGAACACUAGCUAUUGAGGAUGCUAAGAAUGGAUACAGAUAUGGAUUGGAAUGCUUAUUCCGCUUCUACAGCUACGGAUUAGAAAGACGAUUUCGGAGUGAUUUAUAUACAGACUUCCAGGAAGAAACUAUCAGGGACCAUGCUAAUGGUCAAUUGUAUGGAUUGGAAAAGUUCUGGGCAUUCUUGAAAUAUUCUCGGAGAAAUGUUGAAGUUGAUUCAAAGCUGAAGGAAUGUUUAUCAAAAUACAAACGGUUAGAAGACUUUCGAAGAGAGCCUGAUCUUCCUAGUGUACCAACAGUGGCAAAGACUGUGCCUGACACUAAUCAAUCUCGAGGUAUUGAUAUCCCAUCUGCUGCUGCUACAUCUUCACAUUCACUCCGAUCUACACAUGGAGAUUGA